CUACUGCUGUGGUUCGCGCAUGCGCACAAGCCCCCGCCUCGCUUCUGCGCGUUUCGCAUUGUGUCUACAACAGCCGGCGAAGCGGAGAAAAAGAUAUUUUUACCGAGAGCCGAAAUGUCGGGCAGGUCGGUGCGCGCGGAGACCCGGAGCAGGGCCAAAGAUGACAUCAAGCGGGUCAUGGCCGCAAUUGAAAAAGUACGAAAAUGGGAGAAAAAAUGGGUGACGGUUGGCGACACGUCUUUGAGAAUCUACAAAUGGGUGCCUGUGAUGGAACCUAAACCUGAUGAUAAGAGCAAAAACAAAAAGAAGGGCAAGGAUGAUAAGUAUGGUUCGGAAGUGACUACACCAGAAAACAGUUCUUCUCCUGGAAUGAUGGACAUGCACGAUGACAACAGUAACCAGAGCUCCAUCGCUGACUCCUCCCCUUUAAAGCAGGAGACCAGUAACAACACUAGUCCCACCCCUGAACCCAUGGCAACAGCUCAGAAUGACAGUGGCGACGCCAAAAGCGAGCCGUUUCCCAGUAAACAGCCGUCGUCUGGUCAGGACAGCAAGACAGGACCAAAUCAUUCCUCAUCAGAGUCCACAACAGCUAAAAGGGAUGGCAAGUCACAGGGAGAGCAAAAACACUUCACAGACACCUCCAAAGCUGCUCAGCAGGAUAUGGAUGAUGGUGCUCCUCCUAGCAAGAAAGGCAAAUUGGACUCCUCCUCAGAAGCCAACUAACCGUCUUUGCCAACUGUUACACUCUAGUGAUCUCCCUUUCGUCUCCCUGUAUGCUUUUGAGUCUCUUUUUUUUUUUUUUUUUUUUUUUAACUCAGAACACCAAGUUGUACACGUAUCUAUUCAUCAAUUUCAAUUCACUCUCAGACACACACUUAUCCCUUACAGUUGCUUUUCAUUUCAGGAGGGAGGGAGGGAGGGAGGGGAGGGGGUUAAUCUGGAAUUGUGAGAUUCAGAGGCAGGGGUUUCCGUUGCACUGAUCCUAGAACAGCUCGCUCUGUCAUAACAUCACCACCUUUCGUUUAGUCCUCAUUCUCCACUGCCACUUGAUGUUUCAAAGCAAACGAUCUAUUCAUCUUUUUUUUUUCUUUUGCUCAGGAGGGUCAACACACUGUUAGUUGCGCUGAAAUCGAUCGGUUCUGCUGCUGUAGUUCAAAGAGGUGUUUUUUUUUUUUUUUUUUUUGAUUUUGAAGUCCAUGAAUAGCUAGUAAAAUGGGCGAUUAAGGUCGUGAGUGAGUGGUACUAGUCACAGAUUAAAGUCUGCUGUGAAGACUGUAGCUCGUAGCAUACGUCCUGCUUGGUUGUGUGCCUUGUGAUACUGAAAUAAGCUUGUUUAGUCUUUUUUUUUUUUUUUCUUUAACGUCUCAUGCACGUCCCGGAAGUAUUUUUGCAAUUUUCUCCCACUAAAACUCGUUUCAUUUCCACUAAAGUGCAGUCGAAAACUGUGAUGGUGCAAACAAAGCUUUGAAAUGCAGGUCACCAUUUCAACAGCGCUACAACCUUAGAAAGUGCAUAAUGACAAUUCUGACCACGAACCCAUCAGAUUCAUCAAGUAUUCGUCUUUCUCUGGCAAGCGCCUGCCAUCAAGACUCGGCUUGUGUGGCUGUCCGGAGGGAGGGGGAAAGAAAGCGAUUUUCAUUAGACGUUAACAGGCAGGUUACGGAUAGACAGCUGUGCAAAUACCUCACACUCAGUCCAGCAGUGCUGGCAUAUAAACACUAAGUAUGACUUUUAGAGAAACAAAAAAAAAAAAUAAUCACUCGGAUGUGUCUGCUUGCAAAAUAUGUAUAUAUUUAUACGAUAACAUUUUUGUUAUUACACUUGAUUUUUUUUUUUUUUUUGCCACAAUAUUUCGCCAAAAUAUUGCCUUCUCGUAGUUCAAUCUUUGAACCUUUUAGCGAAAAAUGUACUCAUUGGGACCAUUAUUUUUCACUCUGCUUUAGAAAUGUCUUGUACAGAAGUAUGGUUGUGUUUCAUUUAUUUAUUCCACAUGUAGUUUUUGGUUUUAUAAAAAAUAAAUUUCCUUUGAAUAACCUUGAA